GCCUGUCUUGCUUAGCAGCUAGCAUCUCAUUAAUUAUAUUGUAGUCGUGGUCUUUAGGUUUUGAUCUUUUCAAUAUCUCAUUGCAUUGCUAGCUAAGCUGUAUAUGAUAUGAUGGGCCUCUCAAAGCCGCAUAUUGUUGUUUUUGUUUUAAGGGUCUUAGCCUUAGGAGGCACUUUAGCUGCAACCAUUGUGAUGGUCACCAGCCACGACUCUACUCAACUCCUAGGCUUCACCUUUCAAGCCAAUUUCACCCAUUCACCUACUUUUAAGUACUUUGUUGGUGUGAAUACAAUUGCAAGUGGAUAUAGUCUCAUAGUCCUGUUUUUUUCAUCCAAGAAUAUGGCCAGCAGCGUUCUUCUCGUCUCCGAUAUGGUAUUGAUGUUGUUGAUGGAUUCAAGCAUAUCAGCAUGCCUAGCUGUGGCUGAAGUGGGAAAGAAAGGGAACAUAAAUGCUGGUUGGCUGCCAAUUUGUGGCCAAGUCUCAAAGUUCUGUGAUCAUGUUGCAGGAUCUCUCAUUGCUGCCUUUGCUGCUUUAGUUCUCUAUUUUCUUCUUCUUCUCUACUCUUUCCACACUCUCCUUAAUCUUUACACCCUUAAAUUGUAAUAAGUCUCGUUUUUCCUCGGGACUUUUGGAGCCCUUUGUAAUACACCUGUAACAUUCCUCCACCAUCUAUGUUUUUCACUACAAAUAUACAUAUGAGGAAUCAGGGGCGGCCCUGUAUGUUCGAAGGCCUAGGGGCGAAAAAUUAAAACGAGCCUAAUGUUACAAAAAAAUUGUAGAACUCUUUUCUAUUUUAAUUGACAUGCAUAAUAAUUUAGAAGAAAACAAUGGUGAUCCUAUUUGUACAUUUUAUCAAUAAUGUUUAAGUCAUAUUCAAGGAAAUAACUCUAUUACUAUCACU